GGUGUUUUGGACUUCAACUCCCACAAUUCCUGGCCUCAGGCGCCUUCCUUUUCCCCCUCAGCCGCUUAGCCUCAGCCUGCGGUCGCUCAGCAGGUUAAACCGCUGAGCUGUUGAACUUGCUGACCAAAAGUUUGGCGGCUCGAAUCCGGGGAGUGGGGUGAGCUCCCACUGUUAGCCCCAGCUUCUGCCAACCUAGCAGUUCGAAAACAUGCAAAUCGAGAUGCCUCUAGCUCGCCAGAGUCCAGAUUUACAAGAGGAAGCGCCCAAAGAGAAAGAUUUCCGAACUCCUGGCCUCCGAGGAGCCCGAACUACCACACUGUUCAGAGCUGUGAACCCGGAGCUUUUCAUUAAACCUAACAAAACAGUUAUGGCCUUUGGGCUUGUAACUCUUACUCUCUGUGUGGCUUAUAUUGGAUACUUGCAUGCUCAACAAGAGAAUAAAAAGGAUCUCUAUGAAGCAAUUGACAGCGAGGGAAACAGACAAAUGAAGCGGAAGACCUCUAAAUGGGAUUAAAGGAACUGAGAACUGAUGUGUAGUCUGUACAUAUUAAUAUGUAAGGAGGCAAAAAUUGAGUAUGUAUAUGUAUUCUGGAGUGUGAUUUCAGAUUCUUUUGUGUGAAAUAAUGGGUGUUUCUUAUAAAAAUGUAAUUUAACUAAAUCAGCAACAUGAAAUACCAGUACCGUUGUUUUUACAUACUUUGAAUAAAAGCCUGGGCUAUUGA